GCUCUUUGGAAAUGCGUGUGCGUGCCACCGAUCCACGCCCAUGCCCCAAAUGUGGCAAGAUUUACCGUUCGGCGCAUACGCUGCGCACUCAUCUGGAGGACAAGCAUACAGUGUGUCCUGGCUAUCGUUGCGUGCUGUGCGGCACUGUGGCCAAGUCGCGCAACUCGCUGCACUCGCAUAUGUCGCGUCAGCAUCGCGGCAUAUCGACCAAGGAUCUGCCCGUGCUGCCUAUGCCAAGCGCAUUCGAUCCGGAGCUGGCUUCGCGGCUGUUGGCCAAGGCGGGCGUAAAAAUUUCGCCGGCAGAGUUGAGAGCACGCGCUUCGCCCACUGGCGGCAGCGGCAGCAGCGGCAAUGGCAACGGCGGCAGCGGUCAGAAACUGGAUUUGAGCAAUGCCAGCGGCUUGGAUGACGCUGAGGAUUCGGAUGAUGAUCCCGAGGAUCUGACUACAGGCAAUGGGCUUUAUGGCGGCAGUGCCAGCGAUUUGAGUCGCUAUCAUGAAAGUUUGCUAAGCAAUUUUGGGCAUGCAUCGCGUAUGCGUAACGAGGCCGCCGCUGUGGCAGCUGCAGCAGCAAUGGGACAGCAAAAGGAUGCGCAGCUGCCCAACAGCAGCAAUGCAGGGCAGUCGCUGCUGGACACUUAUCUGCAGUUUAUAACAGAGAAUACAUUUGGCAUGGGCAUGUCGCAGGAGCACGCCGCUGCUGCAGCGCUGCAUGCUGCAAAAAUGGCGCAACUGAAUGCCAUGGGUCAUAGUCUGGACAAGCUGCCGACCAGUUUGCUGCCAGCGCAGUUUGAUCUCAGCAAAUUGGCAGGCGCUGGCUCCAAUGCCGCCUUUGGCGCUGCCGCUGGCGCCGCAGGUCUAACCAUUGAGCCCAUACUGCGACGCGAGCAGCAGCUGGCCAGCAGUUUGUCGCCAGAUGGCGCUUUGAGCUUAGCUGCAGCGCAGGAAGAAGCAGAAGCUGCUGCUGCUGCUGCAGCGGGCGCCGAAAUUAGACGCGAUGGCUCCGAGCCCAUGGAUUUGGGCUUGGACAACAAUCAGUCGGGCAGCAAUCAAGAGGCAGCCAAUUCGGAGGCCGAGGACAACUACUCCGAAGACGAGGGCGUGCAUAAUACAUAAGAGGCAACAAGCACAGCAGAGAGCAAAAGAUAAAAAACAGUUGUAUACUCCAAAAAAAGAAAUUAUAAAAACAAAAUUUUAUGGAACAUUUGUAACGAGUAGCCUUAUCCUCAUGUAUACCAGUUUACCAGUGUACAAUACAUAAAAAAUGAAGCAAAAAACAUACGAUUUAUAUAGUUAACUAGCAACUAGCAACACAAGCGGCAGCAAUUUAUAAACAAUUUAAUAUUACCACUAGUAGAAUUUAU